AUGCGCCCACUGGAGCGUGUCUUCUACAAAUAUGGAUACCUUAUCGCCACUCAUCCAUGGCCAUUCAUUAUCAUUCCCACUCUGCUCACCAUCAUCUCCACAUACGGUUUUUUGUACUUUCACUCACAGGAUGACAUUUGGGAUAUCUAUGCACCAACAAACGGGCUGAGUCGGGUCGAAGAGAAAGCUUUACAGAGAUUCGAAUAUGCGAGCGCGAGUCAUCAUCAUCGAAUGCAAAUUCUGAUCUCUCGAAAAGACGGCGGCUCACUGUUGUUUAUGAAAUAUUUGGAUGAAAUCGAUCACACUCAUCAUUUGAUCACCGAAAAUGUGACCGCCUCAAACGGGAAUUCCACUUUUCGAUACGAUGAAAUGUGCGGUGUUUAUUGUGCGGACAGCAAUGCCGGAGUGAUCGCUUUUUUGAAGGCCACUAUUGAAACAAACUCCUCGCAACUCAUUUUCACUUUUCCCAAAGCAUCUGCUUUCAAUAAUGAGGCUUUCCUCGGCUAUUCGAUCGGCAAUUUGACAAAAGAUUCGAUGGGAAUUGUGCGUGAAGCGAGGAUGAUCAUUUUGCAUUAUAUGGUUGACACUUCACUUCUAAAUGGAAAGGAAUUGGCAAGGAAUUUCGAGUUUCAAUUGAGGAAGAUUUUCGAGAUUUUGACUCGAGAAAGUCGGCAUCUCGAUUAUGCUUUGUUGAGUCGAACGAGAGAGUUGGAGGAGCAACGGGCGAUCUCCUUGACGGCUAUCCCAUAUCUUUUCAUCACAUCAAUCGUUCUCCUCGGCUUUAUGUUGAUCACUCUCGUCUCAUUUCCACUAUAUAAAAGUCAACAUAUUGAGGCAAUAAUCGCAAUCAUCUCUCCAACGAUGGCUCUUUGGACAACAGUGGGCUUUCUGUGGUGGUGUGGUUUCCCGUUCUCGAACAUUCUCACCGUUGUCCCAUUUCUGGUGAUCACUAUUGGAAUCGAUGACGCUUUUUUGAUACUCGCUGGGUGGCGGCAGAGCACUGUCGGCGCGUCUUUGGAGCAACGAAUGGCGGAGAGUGUGGCUAUUUCCGGGGCUUCGGUCAGUGUCACUUCAGUAACCGAUGUGCUUUGUUUUGCCAUCGGUCUCUUCUCGAAUAUGCCUGUCGUGCAACUUUUUUGCCUCUACGUGACCAUCGCUUUGGCUAUGGAUUUUGUCUAUCAGCUGACUUUCUUUACGGCUUUGAUGAGUUUCGUUGUGCGGCGGCAAAUCACAAUCGACGAGAAGCAACAAGCCAGCGGGCAAUCGAGUGAAACAAGUUCCAUGCAAAAAUGGCAAGAAAAGUUGCGAGAUGGCUCGAUUUUGUCGAUGGAGACGAAGAAAAAGAAAACUUCGAAAUCUCGAGACUGGCUGGAGAUUUUCGUCGACUGGUUGCAUAGCGGCUUUGCGAAAGUUCUCGUGAUGACCAUUUUUGGAGCACACAUUGGACUGAGCUGCUAUUUGGCGACGAAAGUGAACACGGAUUUCGACAUGGAAAAUCUCUAUUUAGCUGAUUCUCCGCUAACGGAUAUUAGUCGAAAAAUGCAGAAUUUUGUGUUAAAGGAAUCUUUCAUUGAUAACUUUGCCGUUUAUCCGAUGCCCGAUUUUGCGAAUGAGACGACCAGAAAUCGUUUCGAGAAAAUGGUUGAGAGAUUGGAAAUGAUACCGAAAUAUGGUGGUGGAUUGGAUAAUACAAAUUUAUGGCUGAGGAAGUACAAAGAGACGGUUUCUUUUUGGGGCGAAGACGAUGAGGCGUGGAAUGCGGAGACUUUGCUAAACAACUAUAGAGAGAACGAUUUCGAUGAGAAAUAUAUCACGACUAGCAAAAAUCCCCAAGGAAUUGAGGUGAUCGACGGGUUUUUCUUCACAAUUGUCUACCAAAAUAUGAGCUCAUUUCUCGAGGUGGAAACAUUGAUGGAAAUACGUCGAAAAAUCAUUUCUGAAUAUCCGGAAUUCACUGUGCAUGCACAUCAUCCAUUUGAAAAGGUGCCAACUGAGAGCGCCGCCGCCGCGCCCACAAAUUUCAUCCAAACAAGUGUGUCUGCAAUAAUUCUGAUGUCCCUGCUCGUGCUGAUCUUUGUCAUGAAAUUCGAGGCGAUUAUUUCGGUGGUCAUCUCGAUUAUCUCGAUUUGCAUUGGAAUAAUUGGCUAUCUUCAUUUGUGGGAUGUCCAUUUGGACGCGGUCUCGUUGAUCUCGAUUCUGAUGUCAAUCGGUUUCUCCGUCGACUAUUCGGCUCACGUCUGUUAUCAUUAUUUCGCGCAUGCGGCAGAGGAAGAAAAACAGAAAGAGAACACUCAUCGCUUGACAGUUAAUGGAACAAAAGAGGAUCGAGUGCAAGUAGAGAAAUUCGUGGACACAAGGCAACGAGUGGUGAGCACUCUUCGCGGUGUCGGCUGGCCUGUCAUCCAAUCGGGUCUCAGCACGGCGAUGGGAAUGUUUCCCUUACUAUUUGUGCAUGCUUAUGUGGUAGCCGUUUUCUGGAAAACGAUCCUUCUCGUAUCGAUACUGGGAAUGUUCCAUGCCCUUCUUCUCCUUCCAAUCAUUUUCAUCUUAACCGCCGACAUCAAACGAGUCUUCAGUUGUAGCAAAUCGAAAAACAAAACGAAUAAAGUUCAAACUAUUCACCCAAAUUUUAUCAAUACUGUUUCC